UGCGGCAGUUUGCCUUAGCUUAACCGGUAACUCUACAGAGGUGUUGUGCGGCAAUGGCGCUGUCAGUGUGUUGUCAACCAUUCGAGUAGAAAGUUUGUGGCGAUACGCUUGCGGCAACUCACAGCGACUUACCUACAACAAAACGAAUCUAUGCGUUAGCGUCGAUCGGCCAUAUUUCCAUAUAACCAAUAUUCAUAGUGUGGUAUUCUAAGGUAGUGGCCGCAUAUCCUAUAACGGGAUUGUAUAGUUAGAAACGCAACCGAGUCCACACCGCACGCAGCGUCACAGCACUUUUGUGUGUGCGAAUCACUAUUUUAUUGGUGUGUGUGUGUCGAAGAAAAGGCUUCAAAAUUAACUAUUCAAAGUACCAUCAUAACGCUAUGUCCUUGUCGGCCAUAGCAAAGCCAAUACUCUACUCGUAUUGGCGCAGUUCCUGUUCGUGGCGCGUGCGCAUCGCGCUCAACUUGAAGGAAAUCCCCUACGACAUCAAACCGAUCAGCUUAAUCAAGUCGGGCGGUGAACAGCAUUGCAAUGAGUAUCGUGAGGUCAAUCCAAUGGAGCAAGUGCCAGCGUUGCAAAUCGAUGGUCACACGCUGAUCGAAUCGGUCGCCAUCAUGCACUAUCUGGAGGAGACGCGUCCCCAACGUCCCUUACUGCCACAGGAUGUGCACAAACGCGCAAAAGUACGUGAAAUUGUCGAAAUCAUCUGUUCGGGCAUACAACCACUGCAGAAUCUGAUUGUGCUCAUUCAUGUCGGUGAGGAGAAGAAGAAGGAAUGGGCACAGCACUGGAUUACGCGCGGUUUCCGCGCUGUCGAAAAAGCGCUCUCCACCUCGGCUGGUAAAUAUUGUGUGGGAGAUGAGAUUUCAAUGGCCGAUUGCUGUUUGGUGCCACAGGUCUUCAAUGCAAGAAGAUUCCAUGUCGAUCUACGUCCAUACCCGAUUAUCUUGCGUAUCGAUCGUGAAUUGGAGGCUAAUCCCGCCUUCCGUGCCGCACAUCCCUCCAACCAACCAGACUGUCCACCGGAGCUGCCAAACAAAUAGAAUUUUCCGUCAACAACUGCGAAGCGCCGCAAAACUAAGAAGUGAUUGCGAACAACACAACAACAAGAACAAGAACAACAAUAGCAGCAACAACAACAAUCAUAACAUGAACACCAGAGAACGACGCCAAAUCUAUCCUGGGGCGCAUAAAAUGAUAAAAACAAACGAUAAAAUGUGGCACUUACAAGCAGUUGAAAAACAAAUUUGAACAAACGAAACGAAGAAACACGAAGUGGUAAAUCUGAUGAAAAUAAAAAUUACAAGAAAACAAAUUUUGAACGAAGAAAUUGGCAAACUCAUUGAGGCAGAUGUGGCUAAUUACAUUCAUAUAUGAAAAUACACAUGUAUGUGGAUAUAAAUUUGAUAAAAUUCUGCCAAAACCGUUAAUUGAGGAUCAGUAGAGUAGAGUGAUGAGCCCACAAAGUGGCCUACGCUGAACCGCUAUUUGAUGAUACAACAAAACAAAAUAAAAAUUUAUCAAUAAAUAUGAACAAAAUUGUGAAAUGCAACUCAAAGAGCAAGAAAGUAAAUGUGAGAGAGCUAAUCAAUCAUUUGAAAAGUGAGAAAGCAUUAAAAAAUUUGAUUUAAAAAAUAUUUGGCAACAAUUGUGAAAACUAUCUAAAAGAUAUGAAUAUGUAUUUUAUAGAUUACACUUGAAACACACACACACAUACACAAAUAUACAAACAAAAUCUAUAUUGUAAGCAUUACUUAAAAGAGUAACUAAGUGAAAAAUUAUAAACAGUUAGU